GAGACAGGUGGUAGAACUGAGACUGAGUCCCAGCAAUCAAACCAGGCCAGGAGCACCAUGUGAAAGGGCCAGGGGGUCACAGGCUGGGCAGGGACCAUGGGCUGUAGCUGCAGCUCAAACCCUGAAGAUGACUGGAUGGAAAACAUUGAUGUGUGUGAGAACUGCCAUUAUCCCAUAGUGCCACUGGACAUCAAGACCACGCUGCCCCUCAGGAAUGGCUCUGAAGUUCGGGACCCACUGGUCACCUAUGAAGGCUCGAAUCCACCAGCUUCUCCACUGCAAGACAACCUGGUCAUCGCUCUGCACAGCUAUGAGCCCUCCCACGACGGAGACCUGGGCUUCGAGCAGGGCGAACAGCUGCGCAUCUUAGAGCAGAGCGGCGAAUGGUGGAAGGCGCAGUCCCUGACCACCGGCCGGGAAGGUUUCAUCCCCUUCAACUUCGUGGCCAAAGCCAACAGCUUGGAGCCUGAGCCCUGGUUCUUCAAGAACCUGGGCCGCAAGGACGCAGAGCGGCAGCUUCUGGCGCCUGGGAACACGCACGGCUCCUUCCUGAUCCGGGAGAGCGAGAGCACCGCGGGAUCCUUUUCACUGUCAGUCCGGGAUUUCGACCAGAACCAGGGAGAGGUGGUGAAACAUUACAAGAUCCGUAACCUGGACAAUGGCGGCUUCUACAUCUCCCCUCGCAUCACUUUUACCGGCCUGCAUGAACUGGUCCGCCAUUACACCAAUGCUUCUGACGGGCUGUGCACGCGGUUGAGCCGUCCCUGUCAGACCCAGAAGCCCCAGAAACCAUGGUGGGAGGACGAGUGGGAGGUUCCCAGGGAGAGUCUGAAGCUGGUGGAGCGACUGGGGGCUGGCCAGUUCGGGGAGGUGUGGAUGGGGUACUACAAUGGGCACACGAAGGUGGCAGUGAAGAGCCUGAAGCAAGGCAGCAUGUCACCCGAUGCCUUCCUGGCCGAGGCCAACCUCAUGAAGCAGCUACAGCACCAGCGCCUGGUCAGGCUGUAUGCAGUGGUCACCCAGGAGCCCAUCUACAUCAUCACGGAAUACAUGGAGAAUGGGAGCCUGGUGGAUUUCCUCAAGACCUCCUCAGGCAUCAAGUUGACCAUCAACAAACUACUGGACAUGGCAGCUCAAAUUGCAGAAGGCAUGGCAUUCAUUGAAGAGCAGAACUACAUCCAUCGUGACCUAAGGGCUGCCAACAUCUUGGUGUCUGACACCCUAAGCUGUAAGAUCGCAGACUUCGGCCUAGCACGUCUGAUUGAAGACAAUGAGUAUACAGCCAGGGAGGGGGCCAAAUUUCCCAUUAAGUGGACAGCACCAGAAGCCAUUAACUACGGGACCUUCACCAUCAAGUCAGAUGUGUGGUCUUUUGGGAUCCUGCUGACAGAGAUUGUCACCCAUGGCCGCAUCCCUUACCCAGGGAUGACCAAUCCUGAGGUGAUUCAGAACCUGGAGCGAGGCUAUCGAAUGGUGCGUCCUGACAACUGUCCAGAGGAGCUGUACCACCUCAUGAUGAUGUGCUGGAAGGAACGCCCAGAGGAGCGGCCCACCUUUGACUACCUGCGCAGUGUGCUGGAGGACUUCUUCACAGCCACAGAAGGCCAAUAUCAGCCUCAGCCUUGACAGAUCUAGCUGCCUGGGGCCCUUCCCCUGUCUUAACACCCUAGUUUGGAGAGGUGGAGCUUUUGUGCCAUACCAGUGGGACCUAUGCACAUCUGGACUGCACAUGACUCUUGCCUAUGUGCAACACACACACACACACACACACACACACACACACACACACACACACAAUCUUGUGUCUUUUACACAUAUCCCCUGGUUGUGUGGGCUCUUCACAUGCAUCUUCUAUGUGUGGGACCCACGCAUGUAUGUCUUAGACAUUGUCUAAAAUGUCUCUGAAUCCUCCUGUUUCCCAAGACAGAGAGAGAGGAGAGGCUACGACUGAUUCCUGCUUCUGCCACCAGUGUCUUUCCUCAGGUCAUCUAGAAGCUCUUUGUAAGCUGGGAUCUUUCCUAAUGCCUCUGUGUGCCCUACCUCUGUGCCCGGCACACACACCAGGAGCUCAAUAAAUGUCUGUUCAUAAAGGCUCUGCAUCUCU